AUGUCGCAUCCUCUACGGCCACUCUUGCCCAACUCACCCAACCCUCCUCGCGCCGACGUUUUAUCGCAAACCCAACAUCGUGUAAAACGAGUAGCCGCUCCAGCGGCUUGUGAGGCCUGUCGAAAAAGGAAGAGCAAGUGCACUGCAGAACGACCGCGAUGUUCUGUCUGCGUUGAACGACAAACACCCUGCGAAUACACGACACUCCCAACAGAAACACACUUAAGAGCGCAGAAACGCAAGUUGACCGACCUCGAGAUUAAAUGCCAAGCAUACGAGGAUCUCUUUGGGAUCAUGCGAUCUCGACCUGACGAAGAAACUGUCCAAGUCUUACAACGACUGCGUAUGGGCGAAGAUGCGCAAACCAUCGUCAAGGCCGUUCAAGACGGUGAUUUGCUGCUUCAACUUUCGCUCAAACCUGAGUUCCGAUUCCGAUACGAAUUUCCGUACCUCCGGGAGAUGCCCCCUUUCCUAAAUCAAUGGCACAAUCCAUAUCUCCAGUCGACCGUAUAUGAGAAGACGGGCACACAGUCGUAUCAAACACAAACAUACAUGGAAACACUAAGAGAUGUUGCGGAAGAGUCUCAGAAGAUGUAUCUUGUGCCGUAUCAUACCGUCGAACUCGUUGAUCCUCGAAUAUCGUCUAUGAACGUGUCAAGCUGGACAACGGUUUCCUUUGAUAACCCGAUGCUACGCAUGCUUUUACAGAUAUAUUUCGUUUUUAUAUAUCCUUUCCAUCCUUGUUUCCAUAAAGAUUCGUUUCUUGAUGAUAUGUUCGUUGGUAACAAGCGAUUUUGUUCUCGCCUGCUGGUGAAUGCUGUUCUCGGUGCUGCAUGGCAUGGCUAUAGUCGGAUGAAGAAUAGGGCCGAAUAUUGGAUUCCUGAUAACCUAGGUUAUCGAUUUCUUGCCGAAGCUCGUAGGCUCUUCGAACUCGAACAGGCCCAACCCACGAUUACCACCGCUCAAGCGGCAGUCAUUAUCAACCUGACGUGCAAUCUCAAUGGUAUUGACGAAAUAAGCUGGGUCUAUACAUAUAAAUCCAUCGAAAUUGCUCGAGAUCUCUCUCUUUUCUCCCCUGGUCCGGAUGAAAGUAAGGAAUGGCAGGUCGCCGCAGGAACAACAGCGUGGUGUUUGUUUAAUUGGCAAGCACUCGCGACAUUCCACACGUUCCAACCUCCACUGAUUAAAGAUCCGCCGAAUCGUCCACUCCCCGAUAUCGAUGAUACCUCGGCAUAUUACGGAGAAAUAUGGGUUAAAUAUCCCCUCAGCCGUGAACCGAUACCUAUAUUCAACGGCUUAGUGUUUAGGGCAAUCUCAGAGUUCCGCGUCAUUAUGAAUGAGAUUACGGCACUGUCGUUUAGCCAUCUGAGGAAUUUCAACCGAAUGUCUCUUAAUGCUGCUAUAGAGUUUAGGGCAAGACUCUCGACUUGGUAUGAAAAUCUACCAAAACCGCUCCAAGCACAAGAUGCUGUUAUACCAUCACACCUAAAGAUACAUAUGCAUUACCAUGUGCUCCUCAUCAGUCUCUUCGAACCGUUCAUGCAGAUGGGCUAUAUACAUGCCGAAGUGAAUCCCGGUAUCAUUGUCAAGCACUCAAAAGCUUGCUUCGAGACACUUUUGCGGGCCUACUAUUUGCGACACGGAUUCGAGUCUCUUGAUACCACGCUCGUCCAAUUACUAGCUCUGCUAGGAUUCGGCACUCUGAAAGAUGCCUCAUUGGUUGAGAAGGGUUCUGCGGCCCACGAGGCCAUACGGUCAACGCUUCUACUCUGCGCCAAAGGAUUAUGGGAGCAGGGGCAAAACUACUACGUGGCGGAAGUAGUCUUCCGCCUGUUCAGGCAGUCAUUAAAUGUUGAUGAUGCUCAGCUGUUCAGGGACAUUACCGAAAUCGAAGAAGGCGAUGGUCGGCCAAAUUACAUGACCCUUGAAAUUCGGUCUAGAUGGCCUAUAGGAAUUUUCAGCAUGGCAGAUGAAAAUUCGGAUCGUACGCUGAACAAAUUUAUUCAUUGGUGGGAACACAACAUGCAAACGGCCAUGGAACAAGACAAUCCUAACGUCAUAUUGCCACGAUAUCCCUAA